AUGGACGACGACUAUCUCCAGACAACCAACUAUGCCCACUCCUCAUCCAUCCUCGCCCUCACCAGCCGCUCGCUCCUCCGGCUCAAGGAAGCCAUCGUCAGCACCACCACCUUCUACCCGCUCGUCGCACUGGCCAAGAAGACGAUCGUCUCGCUGAUGAGCAGGAUCGAGCAUGGCCAGAUCAAGCUGACCACCCCGGCCGAGAGCUUCGUCUUCGGCCGCUCCAAGGUCCACCCAGUCACCAACGACGAGCUCGUGGCAGUCAUCGAUGUCCGCAACGACGCCUUCUGGCUCCGCAUGUUCCUGCUCAGCGACAUCGGAUUCGCCGAGGCAUACAUGGUCGGCGACAUCCACGUCCACCGUCUGGACUCGCUCUUCAAGAUCUUCAUCCUCAAUCGGGCCCACUUGUCCGAGAUGUCCAUGCUCAGCGCGUCCCUCUUCAGCUCCCUCAACACCCUCAUGAACUCGCGCUUCGUCAACACCAUCUCCAACACCAUCUCCAACAUCUCUGCCCACUACGACCUGUCCAACGGGAUCUUCGAGGCCUUCCUGUCCAAGGACAUGACCUACUCGUGUGCCUACUUCCCCCCCUCCCUCGGGGGCCCGGACGGCGAUCUUGUGGGCCCGGGCGCAGACCAGGGAGCAGACGAUCGGGCGGCUGGCAAGGGCACGAAGGACCCGCUCGAGACGGCCCAGUACGCCAAGCUCGACCUGAUCAUCGAUCAGGCCAAGAUCAGGAGGGGCGACCGGGUGCUCGAGAUCGGCUCGGGCUGGGGCAGCUUCGCGAUCCGGGCCGUCGAGCGGACGGGGUGCAGGGUGGACACGGUGACCCUGUCGGUCGAGCAGAAGGCGCUCGCCGAGGCCCGCAUCCGCCAGGCCGGCCUCGAACACUCCAUCGUCGUCCAUCUGCUCGACUACCGCGACUUGCCCGCCAGGUUCAAGCACACAAAAUUCGAUCGCCUCGUCUCGAUCGAGAUGAUCGAGAGCAUCGGCAUCGAGUUCCUCGAGAGCUACUUCGCAGUCGUCCAUCAGUGCUUGCACCCGCUCUCCGGCAUCGCCGUCUUCCAGGUCAUCACCAUCCCCGAAUCCCGCUUCGACCGCUACGUCAAAGAAGUCGACUUCAUCCGUAAGUGGAUCUUCCCCGGCGGGAUCCUGCCCUCAGUCACAUUCAUGACCAACGCGAUCGCGAAGGGCUCUAGCCAGCGGCUGCUGAUCGACUCGGUCCAGAACAUCGGCCCCCAUUAUGCACGCACCUUGCGCGAAUGGGAGCGCCGGUUCACCGACAACUUCGACCGCUUGGUCGCACCCUGCUUGCUGCACACGUACCCUGAACUCGCUGACAACCCGCACCGGAUCCAGAUCUUCAAACGCAAAUGGAUCUAUUACUUCGAGUACUGCGCGACCGGCUUCCAGGCGCGAGUCAUCGGCGACCACAUCUUCACGCUCACAAGAGAGGGGAACUUGACCCUUUAG